UCGCAGAGCCCGGCGUUAGAGACACACUGACUGAGCCUCUCCAGUAAUAGCCAUCACCUUGCUAGGGAGCUGAGCCAGCCCCCCUGAUUGCAGUGCCUGCUCCCCUCCCCAUGGCCUGCUAGGGAGAGGGGGGAGAUUCCGCUGUACGGUCCCUGGGCUUGUCUGGCGGCAGCAUCUUCCAGCUCUGGCUGCAUCGGUGUCGUCAAUUCCCUCCUGCUCCGGCUUCUCUCCCUCGCCUGGAUGCCGCCAGCGUUAGCCUGAGGGAGUGGCAGGCUGUAUUCCAGAGGGCUGCAGCCUCCGGCUAGGGCUGGGGGGGGCCAAGAGGGGCUUGCAAACAGCCUGGAGGGCUCCUCCACAGCCCCCCUGCAAGCUGGAUGCUAAGGAAGAAGGUCUGUGACGAUGGAAGAAGAGGUCCAUCAUCUAGAGGCCUGACUGGGCAACAGUAGGAAAACCCUCCAAGAGACGGGCAGCUACUAGCUUGAGAUACAGAGCGAGACAAACAUGCUGAAGCCAAGUGGACUUAAAAUCCCCGGCAGGGCGGGGAAACACUCCAGCCCCGUGGGACGGGCUUCGGGGACAGCUGCGGCUGCAGCCACUACUGGCUCAAAGGAAGGCUCACCUUUGCACAAGCAGGGUCCCACCUCCGCUGCCAGCACCGAGAAGCCAGGAUCAAAGGUCACCGAGGUGGGCGAUGACUUCCUGGGAGACUUCGUGGUGGGCGAACGUGUCUGGGUGAACGGAGUGAAGCCAGGCGUGAUCCAGUAUCUUGGGGAGACCCAGUUCGCCCCCGGUCAGUGGGCAGGGGUUGUUCUGGAUGACCCGGUGGGUAAGAAUGACGGCUCCGUUGGUGGCGUACGUUACUUUGAGUGCCAGCCGCUGCAGGGGAUUUUUACACGGCCCUCCAAGCUGACCCGCCAGCCCGUGGCGGAGGGCUCGGGCAGCGAUGCCCAUUCUGUGGAGUCCCUGACAACUCAGAACUUGUCGUUGCACUCAGGGACGGCUACGCCGCCUCUCUCCACUCGUGUCAUCCCCCUGAGGGAGAGCGUCCUGAACAACACCAUGAAAACCGGAAAUGAAUCUGGAUCUAACCUGUCAGACAGCGGGUCAGUGAAAAAGGGCGAUAAAGACUUACGGCUUGGAGAUCGUGUCCUGGUUGGCGGGACGAAAACGGGAGUUGUGCGCUAUGUGGGCGAGACAGAUUUUGCCAAAGGAGAAUGGUGUGGAGUGGAACUUGAUGAACCUCUAGGGAAGAAUGAUGGGGCAGUCGCUGGUACAAGGUAUUUUCAGUGCCCCCCCAAAUUUGGCCUCUUCGCUCCCAUUCACAAGGUGAUCCGGAUUGGGUUCCCGUCCACCAGCCCUGCUAAAGCAAAGAAGAGCAAACGGAUGGCCAUGGGAGUGUCAGCCUUAACUCACAGCCCCAGUAGCUCGUCCAUCAGCUCUGUCAGCUCCGUGGCCUCCUCUGUCGGUGGCAGACCCAGCCGGAGUGGAUUGCUGACGGAAACCUCCUCUCGCUAUGCGCGGAAGAUCUCCGGGACUACCGCCCUGCAGGAGGCACUGAAGGAAAAGCAGCAGCACAUUGAGCAGCUGCUGGCAGAGCGAGAUCUGGAGAGAGCGGAGGUUGCCAAGGCCACCAGCCACAUCUGCGAGGUGGAGAAAGAAAUUGCCAUCCUGAAGGCCCAACAUGAGCAGUAUGUCACAGAGGCAGAGGCGAAUCUCCAGCGAGCACGGACCCUGGUAGAUGGGGUGCAGAAGGAAAAGUUGGAGCUGCUGAACCAACUGGAAGAGGAGAAAAGGAAAGUGGAGGAUUUGCAGUUCCGAGUGGAGGAAGAAUCCAUUACCAAGGGAGAUCUGGAGACUCAGACGCAGUUGGAGCAUGCCCGAAUACGGGAGCUCGAGCAGAGCCUGCUGUUUGAGAAGGCACAGGCUGAAAAACUCCUCAGAGAAUUAGAGGACACCAGGUUAACUACGGUAGCAGAGAAGUCUAGAAUCCUUCAGCUGGAGGAAGAGUUGAGUAUCAGGCGCGGUGAGGUGGAGGAGCUGAGACAAUGCCUAAGGAACUCUCACCAGGCAGAGACCCCUGAGCACAAUCUUGGUCUGCAGUCAGAGGCGCUUCGCCUGCGAGACCAGCUGCUGUCUGCCAGCAAGGAGCACCAAAAAGAGAGCAGCCAGCUAAAGGAGAAGCAUGAAAAGACCCUGAAGAAGCACCAGCAGGAGAUAGAGAAGCUGAAAGCCGUCAAUGAAAAAUAUUCCCAGGAAAUCGUUGACCUGAAACACAAAGUUCAACAAGCCACCAAUGAGAACAUGGGGCUGAUGGACAAUUGGAAGUCCAAGCUGGACACCUUGGCAUCUGACCAUCAGAAAUCUCUGGAAGACCUCAAAGCCACCCUAAACACAGGCCCUGACACCCAACACAAGGAGAUAGUAGAACUGAAGGCCGUGGUAGAGAGCAUAAAGAUGGAGCACCAACUUGAAUUGGAGAACCUUAAAGCUAAACACGAUAUCGAGACUGCGGUUCACAUAAAGGAGAAAGAAAGUCUGAAGCUGAAGCUGCAGGAGGCCAGCGACGAAGUGGAAGAAAGCAACAACAACUGGAAAAUGCAACUGGAAACCAAAACAAACCAGCACCUUCUAGAACUUCAGGACAUGAAGGAGAAGUGCCGAGAUGCCGAACUGAGAGUGCACGAACUGGAGAAGCUACACAGUGAAUAUAAAGAUCAGGCUCAAGCAAUAGCUUUCUUGAAAGAGCAGAUUUCUCUGGCUGAGAAGAAGAUGUUGGACUAUGAGACACUACAGAAAACAGAAGCCCAGAGUAAACAGGAGAUCCAAAGAUUGCAGGAAAAAGUGCUUGUCUUAGAGAACAAACUGCAGUCCAUGGAGUCUCUGCAUCCUUCUCAGCAUGCCAAUAUGAUUGAAACUAACGAUAUUUCAGAAGAGAAGAUCAAGAUGAAGCAGGCGAUGGAAGAACUGCAAGAUAAGCUGAGUAAAAGAGAUAAAGAGGUGUCAUCCCUCGCCUCCCAGACUGAAACUCUAAGGGCCCAAGUAAGUGCAUUGGAAAAUAAAUGCAAAGCUGGAGAGAAGAAGGGAGAUUCUCUGUUGAAGGAAAAGAAGCGGUUGGAAGCUGAACUGGAGACCGUGUCCAGGAAAACACAUGACGCUUCAGGCCAGCUGGUCCUAAUUAGCCAGGAGCUACUCAAAAAGGAAAGGAGCCUGAAUGAGCUGCGAGCUUUGCUGCUGGAAGCAAACCGUCACUCGCCCGGGCCAGAGCGGGACCUGAGCCGAGAGGUGCACAAAGCAGAGUGGAGGCUGAAAGAGCAGAAACUCAAAGACGACAUCAAAGGCCUGAGAGAAAAGCUGAUAGUGCUGGAUAAAGAGAAAUCGGUAACAGAUCAAAGGCGAUACUCCCUGAUUGACCCUUCGUCAGAGUCUGAGGUUCUCCGGCUGCAGCACCGACUGGUCAGCACGGAGGACGUUCUGCGGAAUGCACUGGAGCAGGGUCAGCAAAUGGAGAAACUCAUGGAGGCCAUGAGAAGUUCUUCGGAGAAAACACAGACUGUUGGAAACUCGGGAUCUGCUAAUGGGAUCCAUCAACAGGAUAAAUCCCACAAGCAGGAGGAGAAGCACUGAUAGAGAAGAAGAGCUGGAGAGGACCAUUUCAUGCCAGUAUCUCCUUCUGCGCCCCAACAGGAAAAGGAUGCACCUCCUAAAGACUAGCAACAGUAUUUUGACUUUAAAAGCAGGACUGUUUAUAAUGUACUAACUGAUCUAAGUAGGACAAUCCCUUGGUUCGUAUUUUCUAAGACGAGCAGCAUUCCAGAAGGAGCGGUAUGGCAACCUACCUGUGUAAAGAUCCUUUUGUUUUGCUUUCUUAUCCGUAUCGGUUUUGACUGUGGAAUUUGUAUCGGCCGAGUGAACAAUCUCUAUUCAUCCCACCUGAACAAUGUGGUCUGGUUGAGAGCUGAUGGCUGAAACGUCAUCGGUGAUUCCUAGAACCCUAGAGGAAAUGCAAAGGGGUUUGCUUGGGGCAUUAGAAAAUUCCUAAGUGUGCUCCCAAAGGCUGCACUCUCCACGCCAGGUAAUCCCUGACCCUCUCCCCCACCCACCCACCCACCUAGUAUGAAGAACUUCAGAAAUGAGUCAAACCUAGUAGGCUGGCUGUGCUCAAGCCAGUCAACAUGGAUUGUAGAAGAAGAGCUGCUGGGGCAGUCCUCCCCCUCCCCUGCAUAGAAGACCUCUCAGCUGUAGCCCUCGGAGACUCCACUUAGUACUGUAUGAUAGCACAGGUGGUACCUCAUCUGAUUUCAGGUGAUAUAAUUUAUUUCAGCUGUUUGUGAGUCAGUGUUUACUCUGAGUUGAUAAAGGGGAGGGAGCCUCUGGUGGGGGUGAGUACAGGUCUCCUUAGCCUCUCUCCUCCGAGAGAUCUCUUAGCAGGACUGGCUGUGCUGGGGCCCAGAGCCAGGGCCCAUGGGGGUGUUGUGGCAUGUGGUGGCACUGUAGGCCCGUACACAGCAAAGCUUUGGAGGCAGCUGGCUAGAACCUUUGUAUGCCUGUUUGUGAGGGUCUGAGUAGAAAACUCACACACAGGAUGUAGUCGCAUGGGACAGAGGCUGCUAGGCUCUGGUUCCCUCUCCACUGCUAUCCACAGAAUGGUACUCACUAGGUGGAAGAGUUGGGCCAGCCUUGCAGUAGGCUGCUUUGGGGUUGCCCCUACCGUUCUCAGUACAAUAUCCGAAGGGAGAGGGUAACGUUGCUGGGAGCAUUCGUGCAAGAAUGCCUUAUACCAGGGACUGAGGAGGAUAGUGAAACAAAGGCCAUCUAGAGCAGGAGAGCUCCAGCUGUAACCAGAGCAGUUUUCUGUUCUUUCCUCUAUUUGUUGGGCACCUCAGACUCCCCCUACUUGCUGAAAGUGGGAGUUCAGGGUGCAGGUUUGGGCCCCAAAAUGACACUGAAGGUCACAUUUGUAAAGCAGGAGCUCCAUGCCAUGUGCACAGAAAUCCAGGCACAACUGAGCACCCAGAUUUGCACAAAGAACUGUUGCUGUUGUGGGUGCAGAGAGCCAGUUGGCCACCUCUGUAUCCAUCUGCAAUAACUAUCCAUGCAGGAGGAGGAACCCCAUUGCCUGUGUGUAUUUGCACAUGGACCGGUCCCUAUGCCAAGGGCUGUAUUCUAGUCUCAGUCUUUGCACUAAACUCCCAUUGGGCUGAAUGGGAUGAUACUUGGGUGGAGUGAGGGUGGAAUAUGGUCCUAAGUGUCUGAGACAAACCCCUGGCUCUGAAAAGGAGCAUUCGCCUUUCGAUACCCUGGGACCAGAGGGAGCAGCAGCAGAUUCUUAGGCUCCAUUCAACCCCCUGAUGGGGAUGGGGCAGCUUCCCAAGGGGGGAUCAGUACCUGGAAUGGGGGGUAGGGCUUGGAUUGACAUAUUGCAGCACCAGGGAAACAAUGGCACCACCAAUGGCAAUCCCCUGGUUCUGGGGGAGAAGCGGCUCGUCAUGGAAACAAACGACUGUUCUUGAUGCUGUUUGAUCCUUCCCCCCGCCCUCCUUUGAGGGAAUUAAUUGCAGAAUCCCUUUUCGGAGGUACACAAAUCAAAUUGUUUCCUAUUUCUCUGGAAAUGCAGCAUUUUGGCCAUAUUUACCAAAGGACGUUAGGGUGUGAACAGCUCCAUCUCUUCUCUGGAGCCUCUCUGAAAUGCCUAGAUCAAGUCCACCUCUCUGCUCUGCUCUCCGCUGCACAUCCUGGGCUAGAACUCCCGUGGACGUGGACAAGAGCUCCCAGCGUGGCAGGACACGGCAUAGGUGUGAAGCAGAACCGUUGCACAUGAGCUGGGAAUCUGGCCCUUCGUUUUCCUAUCUGAUUUUUCUUCAGCCACUUUGGCUACUCUGAAAUUCUCCAGCCGCACGGAGUCUGGGGCAGCCCGAGGCAAACUGGGAAAGAGCUUUGCCCCAUCCCUCCAAGUCUCCUGCACUCGGGAAGCCACCAGACCUCUUGCCGGGCAGUGAAAUAGAGCUAGGCCCUUUUCACCUGGUGGGGAUGGUGGAGACCAGCUCUGUUUCAAUGGUUGAGAUAAGGAGGUGGGUUCAGGAAAGUGAGGCAUGUUGGGAGAAGAAGCCUAAAUUUGGCUAAUGAGUUGAGGGUUAACGGGAGUUCGGGUGGGACAGGUCCUGCGGUGUGGAACCAACCCCCUCUACCUGCAUAGAAGAAUAAAGCACUAAUCAUUGCCUCAGGCUUGGAUUUUCAAAGAGCCUAAGGACCCAAAAGCUCCUUGUCUAUCAAUGGGACUUGUCACCUGACUCCCCUAGUCUCCUUUGAAAAGCCCAGCACAAGUGUGUCAAAUGUAAUAACCAAGCAAAACUCAGGAUCAGCAGGAGGUGUCGUUUUGAUCAUUUUGGGGGCGGUAUUUUCAAAAGUGUCCAGCAUUGGCUGCCUGACUCUGCUCCUGCUGAAAUUAAUGGUCAAAUGCCCACUGACAUCAAUGGGAGCAUGCGGGGCAAUGCCACGGGCUUUGGAAAACGCCUUCCAGGGCUUAGGGAAGGCAGCACCCAUGUGAGUGCGCAGGAGUUCCUGGGACUUACCAAGUGGGAAGGGGGGGUUCGAUUUUGUAAUCAAUCUAUAUUUAUUUUCUGUCUAGUUUGCAAGUGACAAGCCCCCAUUAUUUAAAGAGGAUUAAAUGGCAACUUUCUGCGCCGCUUUGCAAUCCUCCUGCUUCCCCGGGUUCAAACAGGAGCUGCCCGCUGGGAGGUGUGCUCUAUGGGCUGGGCUGAAUGGGGCAAAGCUCUGAAGCGAGUGGCACUGCCCUGAAACCAGAGGAGAAUUUGACCUAUCAAGAUGUAUCAGGCCAGUGCACCUGAGUCCAUUUGGUGACAGGGAGAAGGUAGACGAGAGCCUGCUUUGUAAGCUGGCUUUGACUGUCUUCUCAGGAUCUAAUGCUCUCUAGGAUAUAACUGAGGGGAGAGUAGCCUUCCAGGGAUAGCCUGGAUGGCCUUACCACAGCAAUGGGCCGCACCGAAUCACAUGCUGUCAGGGCUCUGAGUUUACCCUUUUGGAAAGAGAUCUCUGCACAGAGAGCACCAGCGUGGGGCAAACCCAUUCUGGGACACACCAGUGCAGCCCCAGGCUCUGCCCCUGUGCACCCCGCCAUGUAGGCUCAGCGCCCCAUUUCCAGCUCGCCCUGCGGGCGGGAGAGUUACAACCGAAACAGAUGCCCCUGCUCAGGAGAGCCCAGCCAGGAGCUGCAUGGCUCAGGAAUGCAGAUCACACAGGGUGCAUUUCCUCCCUGUGCGGCGGGGCCAGCACGAGGCCUGUGUUCCGCUGAAGUCCUGCAGAAGUGAAACAGGCACCAGAGACAGCCGUGAGGGAUUUCCCUAGUGCACACAGCUCAUGCUGGCCCUCUGCUCAGGUGCCAGCGGCACCCAUAGAUUUUAGGAGACCAAAUUAGAACGAAACACAGAAAGUGACAAGUCAGAGGGUCCCCUUCCACCACAUUUAUUUAUAAGCUUCUUGUGACUUUUGCCCAGUACAGUGGCACAGAAAGUACUCUGCAACAUUCUGUGUAACUGGCAUCCUCGGUAUUUUUUUUUUGUGGGGGAAGUGGAGGGGGGGGUCAUCAAAGGGAAGUUAUGCAGCCAACUCCCAUUGGCAGUCAGUAGGAGUUGGGUGCCUAGCUCCCAUUUAAAAAUCUCCUGUCAGCGUUAAUCCCAGGGAUCUUGUUCAGAGCUUCAAAUCUGAAGUAAGAUAGGGGGCUGCAUUCUCCUCCGUGACUCCCACGGUUGUCUCCAUUGCAUGUUCCAUGCUGAUGUCACACCCAGGGCUGUGUGCAGAAUAUGCCUCAGGGAUCAACAACUGCAGUGUGGGUGAGAGGGGAGAAUUUUUCCUCUCCAGUCAAGGGGUCUUGCGUGAGAGCUAGUGACCUGGAAAAGCAGUGCUGAGCUGUCUGCUCCACCCAUGCGCCCUUCCCAUUCAAAGAGCAAUUAAGGGCCUGCACAGUGGUUGAAUCCAUAGGAAUUAUGAGUCCAUGCUGUUGAAAACUGGACUUUCUAUCCAUUGUAUUAGUUCAGUGGCUGGAAGAGUUUUUUGGUUUGUUUUCCCACUGAAGGCUGAGAAAUCAUCUGAAGAAUAAAGUCUCCAUUCCAGCCGGAGAGGCUCUUGAAGCUCCAGAUUAGCAACCUUUUCCCCUCAUCCUAGCUAAAGAGAAAUCUUACAAGCAUUUGGAUGGCAGUACUGGCUUUAUCCUUUUCAGAGUUCAGAAAAGUGAAGCGGACACACAGUCCCAUGCUAACACCCUUACCCAGUCAUGGGUCCGAAAUUUAUAGUCAAGACAUAGCAGCUACUGCCCCAUCCCCUCCUCUGGUCAGUUCCUUUGACUUUCAGUGGAUAUGCAUGAUGGUUUCAUGAAAACAAACAAAAAAAUGCAAAUGAAAUCUUCACAAGGUUCCAAUACCCCAUUGUUACAGCAGCUUUUAGCAGUUCACCACUAUCUUGUAGGGAAUUAUUAAUCCACUAAAAUCUAUAGGCCUCCAUGUAAGUUACCAGAAUAAAGGCGAUAGUAGAUGUAUAAAUGGAUGAUAACAUUUUACCCGUACAGUAUGUAUUACAAUUUUGUAGCUUAGUCAUUUUUUUGGCUAUCGAAUUUUGUGAGUAAGAUAAAAAAAAAAUGGUUUGACUGCUAAUGUUUAUUUUGUUAUUUGAUUCUUUUCCCUCCCCUUCCUAUGUACAAACGCUGUACAAAUCUGAGUCCAUUGAGUGUAACUACAACCGAUGUGUAUUAAUGUACCACAGACCGCAAUAGUGGCUUGCUAAAGUGUGGUGAGCUCAUACUAAAACAAUAAAACUUGUGGCUGAA